AUGCGCGUUCCUAUCGCUGUGCAGCUUGCGCUGCUGGUGCUUUUAACUUCCGUGGUGGGGAUAGCAGUUCUUGCGAUUGCGACGUGGAUUACCACCUACAACUUCGUGGUCGACGUAGGAUCUCAAGGCCUCGAACUCGUUGCUACCAUCAAAGCCAGCCAAAUCGCUUCCAACCUAGAUCUUCUCGAAACAACCUGCAAAACGAUCUCGACGCGUCUCCUUGUUCAGUCCGCUCUCCGUCGCUACAAUGAAGGAAACAACUCGAGUGAGAAUUGGGUUUACGCCAUUACGGACUUACAGUCAGCACUUGGAAGCCGAGGGUACUUGAGUUUAUACCAGGCGAUUCUUUUCCCCAAAGAGGGCAACUCGAGUCAAAGGCUGCUCAAGGUCACCAGCGAAAGCAUCCCGGACAUUACCCUCCCAUAUAACUACUUGAAUGGGAGUUCAGUCAAGCUGGGGUCAACGGAUCUCGGCUUCCCAUCAACUCUAUACCCGAACCUCACCUAUACAAACUCAUCCAAUGAGGAGAACUCAACUUCUGCGUUUGCGUUUCCCGAUUAUGCUCUUGGCCUUGGAUCAUCGCUACUAUUGGGACCACUUACCAUCAACGGUUCCUUUUCUCUCAUCUCUUUAACCGUCCCGAUUGUGAACAACACAUCAAAUAAAGACCUCCUAGGCUUCAUCACCGUCGUAGCCAGUGCGACAAAUGUUCAGAAUGUCAUAAGUUCACGCGAUGGACUUGGAACUACGGGGCAGGCCCUUUUGCUGGGGCCAUCCAGGCCAGAGAACACUUUUGCCAGCACAACCCAACCUUCAACCGCUACUUCUGGCCCGGAGGCAGUAGAACUUGCCAAUGCAGAGGUGCACUAUAUCUUCGAGCCAACACCCCUACCUGGCCAAAACAGCCGUCACGUCGGUGUUUCAACCAACACUUCAUUUCCGCUAUCCAAGUACGUGGUCGCACUGGAAAUCAUGCGCCAGUCUUCUAAAAACGAAAACAAGUCGAUCAGCCGUCUUUCUACUAAAAAUGAGGAAGGAUCUAAUGUGGCUGUUGGCGCAAUCCGGCCCCAAAGUCCCUUAGUACAAUGGAUUCUCAUCGUUGAAGAAACCCAUGCAGAGGCGUUUGCGUCUGUCGUUCGACUACGCAAAAUUAUCCUUGCCUGUGUAUUCGGAACAGCUGGUGCUAUCAUUCUCACGGUGCCUCUCCUCACUCAUUGGGCGGUUGCUCCUAUCCGAAGACUCAGACAGGCCGCGCAGAAGUCGGGCACUGUUUCACUAUGGGUAAAACGCUCGAAAGGACUCAUGGAAAGACUGAACACUUCUAACGAUUCGGUGAAGAGAAACCCACCAAAUAAUUUUGAGAUACCGGGCAGAGUCAAAGAGCGGCGGCACUGUGUGACGGACGAACUCACGGAGCUUACCGGGACUUUCAACGAAAUGUCAGACGAAUUGACAAUUCAAUACAACCGCCUUGAGGAGCGCGUGGCUGAGCGGACUAGGGAGCUGGAGAAGGCUAAAUUAAUGGCAGAGACUGCCAAUGAAAGCAAAACACUUUUUAUCGCCAAUAUCUCACACGAGUUGAAGACACCCCUCAACGGAAUUUUAGGAAUGUGUGCCGUUUGCAUGGGAGAAGACGACCUGCCUCGAAUCAAGAAGUCUCUCCAGGUCGUUUAUCAAUCUGGAGAUCUUCUCCUUCAUCUUUUGAAUGACUUGCUGACGUUCAGCAAAAAUCAAAUUGAACAGGCCAUCCACCUCGAGGAGAAAGAGUUUAGGCUUUCUGAUGUUAGAUCGCAGUUGGCCAUAAUCUUUCAGAACCAGGUGCACGAGAAGAAAAUUGACUUCAGUGUCAACUGUAUGGCUGGUAGAAAGGAUCAGCUCGCGAACCAGUAUUCGAUGUGCCAUGAACAGAGUGUUGAGUCAGAUCCGCCAGGAAGGCUCAUGGAUAUGAUCCUCUGGGGUGAUCAACAUCGCCUCCUUCAGGUUCUGAUCAACUUGGUCAGCAAUAGUCUGAAAUUCACGCCAGAAAACGGAAAAGUUGAAGUGCGAAUCCGGUGUUUUGACGGUCCCUUGGCCUCAGAGGGCUCGAGUUCUCCAAAGCAAGGGCCUCAAGCGAGUAGUGGGUCGGAUGAUAGCCAAACAUAUCACCGGGAUAGCCUAGAAAGGCAAUCAACAGAUCAAUCAUGUUUCCGACCGUUGUUCUUCCAGUUUGAGGUGGAGGAUAACGGGCCGGGCAUUCCUGCACACCUUCAUCGACGUGUCUUCGAUCCGUUCGUCCAAGGCGACUUGGGGCUAAAUCGUAAAUAUGGAGGCACCGGCCUCGGGCUGAGUAUUUGCGCGCAGCUUUCGCGGAUCUUGAAUGGUGUCAUCCUUGUGGAUAGCGAGGAGGGACGAGGAUCCAUUUUCACUCUACGGAUUCCUUUGAAAUUCGUCAAGGAGCUGGCCCCAAGUACUCACAACUCUAGUGCUCCCGGCUCACGAACACCUAGUGUUCUGUCUCUGGAUGGAUUUUCAAAUGCUGCACGCACGACGUCUAAUCACGGAUCUUUGAAAAGCGAACCUACAGCUCCUGGCUUUGACAAGUCCGAUAUCCAACCGCGACUGGUUGGCCUGAGCCAACCAUUCUUCACCCCAACAGUUCCCGCAUCGCCUGCAUCGUCUGCAUCCAAGGGCCCACGGUCCAAGAACGGCCCGACGACGCAGAGCGAAGACCCUCGGAAGAUUCGAGUUUUGGUUGCCGAGGACAACACGGUCAAUCAAGAAGUUGUUCGGCGAAUGCUUGCCCUUGAAGAAGUAUAUGAUAUCACGAUGGUGAAGGAUGGACAGGAGGCUUUUGACAUCGUUAAGCUGAGCAUGGAAAAGGGACUCGUUUUCGAUCUGAUUUUCAUGGACAUUCAGAUGCCAAACCUGGAUGGCCUUCAAAGCACCCGACUCAUUCGUGAAAUGGGCUACUCUGCCCCUAUCGUGGCCUUGAGUGCCUUUGCAGAAGAGAGUAACAUUAAGGAAUGCAUGGAGUCGGGUAUGGAUAUGUUUAUCAGCAAACCGAUCCGCCGCCCUGCACUAAAACAGGUUCUCAAUAAGUUUGCGACCAUCCCGGAGGAGCUGGAAGGCAACUCACACAUUAAUAACUAG